GCAAUCCUUUUCAUGGGCCUUCCCAUAUUGAGUAUUUUGGUAGCCCAAUCAAUCAGGCCCAUGACUCAAAUGGGUCUCUUUAGGUGGUUAUUUAAUUUGCUUGCUUACUCCAAUUUUGGAUUUUUAGUUUGAACUUCGAAUUAUCCCCACCGUUGUCCGCCGUUCCGAACCAGGGUUCCGGCCGCGCUCUUCGCCCUCCGCCGUCUCGAGCAUCACGUAAAAGCCACAUCUUCGUUGUAGAGAACUUUUACUUGAUAGCAGCCAUGGUUGAUGCCUGGUGGACUCUUCUUGGUGCGGCAGUCCCGGUUUUCAUUGCAGGUCAAGCCUUCAGAAUGAAGGCAAGGCACGCCGAGGAGCAGAGGAUCAAAACUGCCCGUGGCCGUGAAAAAAGCGCAGACGACAUAUUUGUGUGCGAGAGGGUCUGCACUUCUAAAAGGAUGCUGAAGAAAGUUGGAGCCUUUUCAAAGGAUCCCAUUCCCGACACUUGUGUUACUGUUUGUGGGGUUUCGGAACUUGAUGCUUGUGCAGAUGCUUGCGCUAGGACAGUGUGCGUGAACCAGCAUCAAGUCCCCAACUGGAAUGAUGUUUGUCUCAGGAGGUGCCAGAGUGAAUGUCUUAAACUAUCUGCAUCUCGUUCUUCGUGAGAUGCGUUUUCAUGGGUUUACUCUUUUUUUUUUUCUUUUCUUUUUUUUCUAAAGAUGAAUUUGCACCAUGGGUACUGUUGGAUCCUCUGCUAGUUUCUAUUCGGUGAUAAUCAAUGGCUU